AUGAAUAGUAUUCACUCCCGGACGGGAUUGUGCGAUAAAGGAAUAUUUUUAGCAAACAAGAAACUAGAGAACCACCUCAAAACAAUCCAGCAACAACUCGCACUGCUUCAACAGGAAAAACAUUCGGCUGAUCUCGAUUCAAAACGAAAAGAAGAGGAUAUCGGUCAACUGAAGACUAAGGCAGCCAAUGACGCAAAUCUGAUAGCCAAGCUCAAAGCAAACAUACGACGACUUAUUGAUCGUAUACAAGAACUUGAAGAAGAUUUGGAUGCUGAGAGGAAAUCGAGGUGUAAGGCUGAUCGCUUACGCAUGGAAAUGCAGAAUGAACUAGAAGCUCUUCAAUGCCAGAUGGAGGAAGCCAGCGGUCAGCUGACAGCCCAGAUGCACAUCAACAGGAUUCAUGCCGAAGAGUUGGCAAAUUUACAACGUGAAAUCGAAUUGAAAAGUAUGAAUCGCCAAUUGUACAUCGCUGACAUCUGCUCGAUGCAAUACUCGACGGUGAACAAUCUCAGAACGCUCAGUAAACAGGCUGCACAUCUGGAAUCGGAGGCAGGUCGUGUCCUUUCUGCUCGCCAUUCAAUAUU